AUGAAGCCCAAUUUCAACAAAUGUACUGAUGCAGAUGUGAACACAUUAAAUACCCCAUAUGAUUACAAAUCAGUCAUGCAUUAUGGAACCAACUACUUCAGUAUUAACGGUUCGAAAACAUUAGUACCUCUUGACCCAACUGCUGUAAUUGGUCAACAUGGUAAUUUAAGCUCAAUAGAUAUCGAAGAAAUUCAAAUCUUUUACGGCUGUAUUCUUCCUAAAACGGCUACAACGUCUUUGAUGAAACGUGUUGCCAAAACAUAUAUUUUAGUUUCAACAACAGAGCAUCAGCAACACUGGUGUUAUAUUUGGCAGUAUUGUUGGUGGAGUUGUUAG